UGUGAGGACAUCCCACCAACCCUGGCCACACCCUGGGUACAUCCCAGCCCACCUGUGCCAGGGCUCAGCAGCUGCAGUCAGCACACUUGGGGGUCCGCAGCCCCAUGAGGUGGAAGUCCAGUCUACAUGGCUCCCAGGCAGCCGCCUGCGGCACUGCCUUCCCCCCCCCCCCUGUUCAGGCCCCUGCCCCCUCCAGCUGUCAGCAGCGCCCAGCCUCCACCCCCACAGCUACUGUUGCCAUGAGAACCCUGCAGGGCGGGCAGGAAGAGUGCGCCAGUGAAGGGGAGGGGAUGGCCAAGCUGGAGGCUCCUGUGCCUGGGAGCUUUGUGACCCCAGGGUGUGAGGCAGUCGCUGUGGUCCCUGAACAGGUGCUGUGGCCCACAGCAAGCUUAGGAGCCUGGCCCCUGAGCCCACAGCCCAUGAGGUCAGGGUUGGCUUCAGAGGUUCCCCUGGUGUGGAAUGGGUCAACAGUACAUGAACUUGCCAGGAUCACACCAUGGACAGCUAUGUUGGGGUUUCAGUGGGCCCUGCUUUGAACAACGCAGAAUGGCGUAGGUCCUGCCCUUUGGAGCCAAGGGCAUCGGCUACCCACUCCUCUGCCAAGCUAGAACGUUUCCAGGCCCAAUGCCUUGGGGAGGGGCUGGCAGAGUGGGACGAGGACGUUACCAGGCAGGUACGGUAGGUCACGUGCAGGCCUUCCCAGGCUGGCAGAGACACCGGAUGCAGGAGUGGCCUCACCCAGAGAGGAUGGCAUCCUGGGGACACAGGAGGCUGCAGGGGCCAUCUGGCCCCAGGUACCCACCGAGAUUUUGGCACUGGCAGCCUCGAAGCAGAUAGGGCCUGGGGAAAGGCCAGUGGGGCAGGGAGAAGCCCAUCUGCUCCUGCCUCGCCCAACAGGAGAUGCAAAUUCCAAGAUGCCCCUAACCAAUCUCUGCAGCCCAGGCCAGGGCUUGGGGCCCCUCCUCUCAGGCAAGUGUGUGGGGGUGACACUGGCGGGACUAGCAGGCUUCUCCGGGCCACAGGGCUUCUGUUUAGACGCUGAGGUCUGCGUCUUGGGGAUGCUGCAGGGACCCUGUGCUCCGCACGGCCCCAAAUUGGAGCCUGUGCAGUCACGAUCCCCAGCUCCACGGUGCAGCCCCCACUGGGCGCGGCCCCUUUAAGUACAGCUCUUUCAGCUGCCAUUGGGGGCAGCACUGAGCAGCCAGGCCAGGAUCCGCGCUGCUGCCUGGAAGCUUCUGCCGGUGCCGGGGACGCAGCAGUGCCGGGGACACAGAGGAGCCGACCUGGGGGUGGCACAGCCCACCAGGGCACAGCCGGAGCAGCACCCAGGUGCUUCUAACCCCGGCAUGGAGGAAGCGCCCGCAUUCUCGGCCCAGGCCUGCAGCCAGGGCUACUCCGCCCGCUGCGCCCCAGGUAAGCCGGGCCAGCGUGGGGGAGUAGCGGGGCCUGGGCUGCGGAGGGGGCCGCCCUGACCCGCGUCUCCCCCCAGGGCAAAAGCCCCGUAAGGCAGUGUGAGCUGGAGCCGCCAGCCUGGGGACCUCUUUUAAGAUGACCCGUACGGACCCUCCGGACCUGCUGGUGUCAACCGUGUACCAGGACAUCAAGGUGGCGGCCCCGGGACCCGCAUCCAGGCGCCCGCCAUGUGAGCGAUCCGUGGCCCGGCCUGCUGAGCCCGCGCCUUUCAACAAGCGCCAUUGCCGCAGCUUCGACUUCCUGGAGGCGCUGGACGGGCCGGCCAUGGAGACCCUGCCGGAGCCACCGCCCCCGGAGUCCGCUGUGCCGCGCGCCCGGACCCGCGAGGCCGAGCCACGCCGCCGCGCCCGCUCCAAGAGCGCGCCCCGCGCGCCCCCGGGCCUGACGCCCGCGCCCGCCUCGCCGCCGGUGUUGCCCCGCCGAGGGCGGGAGGCCCAGCGUGCGGCACGGGCCGAGGCAUCGCCGCGCCGGGAGCCCGCGUACCCGGCGCUCCGCGCCCUCGCCAAUGAGCUGCACCCCAUCAAGUUGCAGCCGCAGCGGGGCGGCCCCGGCGGCAUGGCGCCCCUGUGCGCCGCCGGCGGCCGCUGCGCACCUCCCGAGCCACCCGCGGGUCCCGCACCCCACGUGCGCUGCCGCCUGGACAUCAAGCCGGACGACGCAGUGCUCCAGCACGCCGCCCGGGGCUCGCGGUCCUGCGGGCCCGCCGAGGCCGCGCCCUGGGCCCGCCCCGCCCCGCAGUUCCACGGCCUCACGGUACCCGGGCCCCGCCACAUGGCGCUGUCGCGCACCCCGACGCCCAGCGACUUAUACUGUGCGGACCCCCGGGCGCUCUACUGCGACGGGCCCCUACCUGGGCCCCGCGACUACGCUGAGCGCCGCAGUCUGCCCUUCGCCACCCCGCCGGGUCCCACCCAGUUCUUCUACACAGAGGAGCCCGAAGGCUUCCGGGGCAGCUUUGCGGCCAGCCCCGGCCCAACCUUCGAUGCCUACUGCCCCAGGCCCUACCGGUCAGAGGAGUUCCCAGGGCCCAGUCCAAGGCGCAUGGGUGGCUACUACGCAGGAGAGGUGCGCACCUUCCCAAUCCAGGAACCGCCCUCCCGCUCCUACUAUGGUGAGGCUCCCCGAGCCUACGGCCUGCCCUACGGGCCCCGCUAUGUCUCCGAGGAGCCCCGGACCCACUCCACCGCUCGCCCCUUUUACACGGAGGACUUCGGACGGUACCGCGAGCGCGACGUCCUGGCUAGGACGUACCCGCACCCGCGCAGCAGCGCGGCCUGGGCGGACUGGGGCCCGCGACCCUACCGCACCCUGCAAGUGGCGCCGCCCUCUGACCCCGACCCGUUGCUCGCCUCCUGGCACGGCGGCACCGGCACCAGUCCGCCCCGGCUGGUCACCGACAGCCGCCACUACUCGCGCUCCUGGGACAACAUUCUGGCACCGGGGCCGCGCCGAGAAGACCCGCUGGGCCGCGGCCGCAGCUACGAGAACCUGCUAGGGCGCGAAGUGCAGGAGCCGCGAGGCGUGUCCCCGGAAGGCCGUCGCCCGCCCGUCGUCGUGAACCUGUCCACCUCGCCCAGACGCUACGCCGCACUGUCCCUGUCCGAGACGUCGCUGACGGAGAAGGGCCGCGCGGGCGAGGGUCUGGGCCGCAACUGGUACGUGACGCCCGAGAUCACCAUCACCGACAACGACCUGCGCGCCACCGAGCGCCCGAGCGCCAGGGCCUGGGAGUUGCCCGGGGGCCGCACGCGGCCACCUCCCCACGCGGUCCCCGAGGGCCCCACCCCUGGCCGCCAGCGCAGCCUAGAGCAGCUAGACGAGCUCAUUACGGACCUAGUCAUCGACUCGCGGCCCCUCGCCGGCCAGGCCUCAGAGCCCGCGGCCGACUGCCUGGGCCCCCAGCUGCGCCGACUGCUGGACUCGCGGCCCGCGGGCUCUGGGGCCCCCGCGCUGGCGCCGCCACGCUCGCCCCCCGCCUCGGCCGGCAGCGCCGAGGAGCCCGCGGCCCGGGGAGAGGCGGCCGACGCGUCCCCCGAGCCCAGCGCCGACGAGGACGACCUGAUGACCUGCUCCAAUGCGCGCUGCCGGCGCACGGAGACCAUGUUCAACGCCUGCCUCUAUUUCAAGUCCUGCCACAGCUGCUACACCUACUACUGCUCGCGCCUGUGCCGCCGCGAGGACUGGGACGCCCACAAGGCGCGCUGCGUGUACGGCCGCGUGGGCAGCGUGUGUCGCCACGUGCUGCAGUUUUGCCGCGACAGCGGCCCGGUACACCGCGCCUUCUCGCGCAUCGCGCGUGUCGGCUUCCUGUCGCGCGGCCGCGGCGUGCUCUUCCUGGGCUUCCCAAGUCCAGGCUCCGCCGACAACUUCCUGCGCUUUGGCCUGGAGGGCCUGCUGCUGUCCCCCACCUACCUAUCGCUGCGUGAGCUGGCCACACACGCGGCGCCCCUGGGCAGCUACGCCCGCGAGCUGGCGGCUGCUGGGCGCCUCUACGAGCCGGCAGAGUGCUUCCUGCUCAGCGUAUCCGUGGCCGUGGGACCCAGCGCCGCGCCCCCGGGGACACCCGCCCUGCCCGCGCCCGCGCCACGCAGCCACGGGCCGACAGUGCGCAAGUUCGCCAAGGUAGCGCUGGCGGCCGGCAGCCCCGCGCGGCCGCCCCCGGCGCGGAGCCGCGAGCCCGACAUGGAGACGCUGAUCCUGACGCCGCCGCCUGGCACGGCGGGCCUGGAUCAGGAGGGCGAGGCGGGCCGGCGCGCGCGCGAGGUGGCCUUCAUCCACAUCCAGCGCGAGCUGCGGCUUCGCGGCGUCUUCCUCCGCCACGAGUUCCCGCGCGUCUACGAGCAGCUUUGCGAGUUCGUCGAGGCCAACAGGCGCUUCACGCCCACCACCAUCUACCCCACGGACCGGCGCACCGGCCGCCCCUUCAUGUGCAUGAUCAUGGCCGCCUCCGAGCCGCGCGCGCUCGACUGGGUGGCCAGCGCCAACCUGCUGGACGACAUCAUCUCGCCCUCGAGGAUCCCCAGAAGCAGCCGGUCCUCGCCCUCGGUGCUCCCCGCUGGGAGGCGGGGUGGGCCUGAGGACCGCCCAGCUCUGCCUUCACUCGGAGGGGUCACUACUGCACAGACCCCACCCGUACAGAUCCGGUCCCCGUCGGUCCGCGGGGCUCUCGCUGGAGCCUCCCCGACUCCGGUUUCCCCUCGUCCGGAAGCCCGACGUAACCAAAGCCCAGUCUGUCACUUUAAACACGCCCCGCCCCGCCUCCCGCAGCUGGGGUGCCUCCUCUCUGGAGAACACCCUGGUCGACCUUCGCGCGUCGGUGUGCACGAGCGCGUCCCGGCGAGGCAGUGGGCAGGGCCGAGGGUGCGCGGUGCGUUCCCGCUAGUCGGAUUCGUUACGCCGACCACGCCACGCGCCCUGCCGUCCCCUCGCCUCCAGUCGCUGCAGUCUGGGCCCUGCAGGAGCUGGGAAAAGCCGCAGGGAGGUCUUCAGGCCGAUAGGCGAGUCUCCCAGCCGAAAGGGCACGGGACUUGGGCAGGGGAAGCAGAGCAUGUCGGCCUGGCCAGAGCUGACACCUGGCUAGGAGAGGAAGGACCAAGGGACAGGGAGCGUUCCCAGGUGGGAGCCUGGAGGGGAAAGCGUGGUGCGAGCAGGUGAGGGAGCGAGCUAGUCGGUAAGCACAGAAACCCACCCGAAGGGGCUUGACCUGUCCCGAGAGGUCCCCGCACACCCCCUCUGGCCGCACUCCGUCCUGCGGGCGUGGAGGGGCAAGCCCGGGGGCCUGGCCUCCACCUGCCCCCCAAGCGCACGCUGGUCCGCGCCCGGGGCUCUCUGGAGGGUGGGGUGUCUGGGAGAGGGGUGGAGGCCAAACGCAAGGGCCCUCCUGGAGUCCCUAGCACUACUUCGAAGCCAGGGAAGGGGACACCAAGUGAGAGAAACUGGGCACCCCCGCCCCCGCUCCUGCUCUCGCACCCGGCGCGCCCACCUCGUCCCCGCGCGUCUGCACCGGCCAGGCGUCCCGCUUGCCCACCCGCCGCCGCGCCCCGCGCCCCCUGCCCCAGGGCCUCUGCAUUCGGCCCCACCCCUGAGGGCCGGCCAGGAACGCCCCUGGACCGAAAUAAUUUCCAGGAGGCAAGAGCUUUCGAACCAAGUAAAAUAGAACUUGAAUGUA